CGCCCCGCCGGACCCCAGCCCGCCGGCCAGAUGCUGCGUUUGAGGCCAAGGGGAAAUCUGAAUUUCCACAGAUGGUCAUUUUACAGCACGUUGACACCACCUGAUGAAGUGACGGUCGAUUACCAACACGGACUCCCCGUGAUAACCCUGACGUUGCCGUCAAGGAGGGAGCGCUGUCGGUUCGCCGUCAAACCGACGCUCACCACAGUCGGGGCCUUCCUCGGGGACAUACAGACCGAGGAUAAGGGGGUCGAGACGGCGGCCACCUUCUCAGAAGAUGGCAGCAGGAUUCCCGCUUCAACUCUGAUGGAGGUUUUGCUAAUGAAUGAUUUUAAGCUCGUCAUUAACGAUCGGACGUACGAUGUCCGCCCCCCAGUGAAAAAGAAACUGAGCAGCGAGCACGCCACUGAGAUGGAAGAUGUAAAGUCCUUGGUUCACAGACUCUUCACAGCUCUCCAUUUAGAAGACCACCAGAGGAGGAGAGAGCGCACUUUACUUGAGAAGGUCGACAGCCUGAAGGAACAGCUGCGGCCCCUGGAACAGCUGAAGGAGAGGAUCGAAGCGGGGUCCGAGGCCAAGACGAACCGCCUGAUGUGGGCCGGGCUGGCCCUGCUGUCCACCCAGGGAGGAGCCCUGGCCUGGCUGACGUGGUGGGUGUACUCGUGGGACAUCAUGGAGCCCGUCACCUACUUCGUCACGUUCGGCAGCUCCAUGGCCUUCUUCGCCUACUUCCUCCUCACGCGGCAGGAUUAUUCGUAUCCAGCCAUUAAGGACCGGCAGUUCCUUCACUUCUUCUACAGGAGAUCCAAGCGGCGGCAUUUUGACGUGGAAAAAUACAACAGGUUAAAAGAGGAGCUGAAAGAGGCUGAAGAGUCCCUGAGACGCCUGCGCCCCACCCUGCACCUGGGGCUGCCUGUCCAGGAGAUCACCGAGAAGAAUUAAGGUCUCCUCCCUCCUCCUCCUCCCCCCC